GAGGAAAAGAGGAAAUUAAAAUUGAUGGGUAACCAACGCAUUGAUGUGAUCUGUUGACUACCAUUUCACCUCCGUGCAUGAGCUUCAUAAGCUCUUUGAGAAAGAACCUGACCUGCGUAUAAGAAAGCCAAAACUGGCAUUGGAACAAGUCCCAGAACCUGAAUCAAGAAAACCCCACAAGUUGCUCCGUCCUCACCAUCGAAGGCUGCGAAACACCUGACCCUCGAAUCUCCUGUUUGCGAGUUUUUCGGGUUUGUGAAAAAAAAAAAGACGAUGGAGAAUGCUCUCAGAAAAAUCCCAGAUUUCUUCAAAGUGUACAGGCCAGAAUAUAGCUCCCGAAGAAUGCGCAUUCCUAGAGAUUUCCUGGCGCAGCUAGACAGGCCACUGUCGGGAGAGAUCCUCCUCAGGCGUUGCACUGGGCGGCAUUGGCGUGUGAAGGUGAUUUUGGAGGCACAGGACGCCUAUUUUGAUGAUGGCUGGCAAGAAUUUGUGCGGGACAACUUAGUCGAGAUAAACGACUUUAUGGUGUUCUCCUACCGGAGUCACGGUGUCUUCAGUGUUGUUGUCUAUGGGCACUCUGCCUGCGAGAAGAAAGAGUGCCCCAUCCCUGAGGAGGUUGAAGAAGGAGGUGAAGCCCAGGAGCUUGACAGCGACGAUGAUGAGAACUAUGAGGGUGAGGAGGAGGACGAGGAGGAGGAGGAGGAGGAACAUGAAGCCAGGAGGAAACAGUCAAAGAAAGAAGGGAACACUGUAAAGAGGAAAGCUGCUGAUGAAGAUCCCAUUGACGUGGAGAGGUACAUCAACACCAAAAAUCCGUACUUCGUGACGAUGAUCAGGAAUCGCAGAAGUGCUCCCUUGUAUGUUCCAUGCACUGCACUAAACGAUUACGAACUCAAGUUACCUCUGGCUGUUGAGUUCCAAGAUCCCAACGGGAGGACUUGGAGAGGGAAGGUUAAGGUGUGGAAGGAUGGCCGCACCUGGAUCAGCGGCUGGAAGGCCUUAUGUCGCCAUCACAAUUUAAAGAAGAACGACCGGUGUAUAUGUGAGCUUCUGGAGAAAGACGGAGUCACCGGUCGCAUCAUUAAGGUUCACAUCCUAUGAGGCGACAGUAGCUGAAAAACCCAGCUUGUGGCGCCCCCAAUCUGAUCGGGACUUUGGCUAAUCGUAGUUAACUUUUGAUGUGGAAGCUUCAGUUACUUGAACAGUAUUUUAUUACUAUGCUGGACUUCAAUGUAGUUCUUCUGGCUGUCAUUAGUUCCAAAACAAUGUUAUACUGCUUUUCUAUUCGGUUCUUCAGUUCCUGCAAGUUGUAUCUUAAAUUGUAA